UUUUUUCAUUAUAGAUGCAAGGCAAAACGUGUGAGGAUAUAAGUUGUCCAGAUGGCUCAGUGUGUCGCCAGUAUACCACAGCGUGUGUCACUGCCCCCUGUCCACAGUCUGAACCUGAGUGUGUCGUCCAAGCCUCAGGCAAGCCACAAGUAGGCAUCGAAGAAACUCCAAAAGAUGUGUGCAGUGAGCCUAAGGUUAUAGGCAGGUGCAGGAUGUCCAUCCCAAGGUUUUAUUUCAAUGCCGAAACAAAUGCCUGUGAGUCGUUUACAUAUGGCGGCUGCGACGCAAACGGAAACAACUUCCUGACGCUUGAAGAUUGCCAGAACGCUUGCCCGGGUUCGCCUGCGGUGGCUGUCCAACAGAUACAACAGAGAGAGGCCACUUCUUGCAAGGAUAUGGAGUGCCCGGCCGGUACCCAAUGCCAACAGGAGACAGCAGUUUGCGUCACCAGUCCUUGUCCUCAGCCUAAACCACUAUGUGUUGACGUUUGUCGCGAGCCAAAAGUUGUGGGCCAUUGUCGAGGCUAUUAUACAAAAUAUUAUUUCAACUCGGAGUCAAACACGUGUGAGGAAUUCAUCUACGGCGGUUGUGGAGGAAACGGGAACAAUUUUGGAUCACUUCAGGACUGUCAAAGCGCAUGCGCAAGGUCAUCUGGGGAGGUCACUCAGCAGAGCCAACAGGCGGAUUCAUCUUGUCCAGUUCCCAGACAAGUCUUUAGACUGUGCGGCUCCCCGUGUCCGCCCACGUGCUCCAACCCCAACCCGGUGUGUAUGAUGGUGUGUACGCUAGGGUGUGAAUGCCCGCGCAGCGCCCCAGUGCUUCACGAGGGGAGGUGUAUCGCGGCCGAGGAGUGCCCACAAACAGGUACAAAACCAUCGAGUCUUGCCUUCUUAUUCCGCUGCUUCAACAGAGAGUUUUACACCGAUCCAUUGACCGGCAGAAUAACCUGCUAACAUAUCACGAUAUCAUUUUAUAUCUAAACAAAUAUUGUUCAUUGAGCUACAUCCCAAAGCACAGUCAUCUACAUCUCCCAUAUGAAAAGUUCUGACUUUUUGACUUAUUGCAACGUACAUUUUCCUUAUUGUGUAAUUUGUAAGUGAGAGCAGCUGCAACUUUACCGGUACGGCCUGCAAGUGUUAAGACGCAUAUUUGUAUAUGUAUUCUUUGCUAUAGUUCUGUAUAUGUAUAUAGAUACAUAUAUUCUAUAUUCCAUAAUUUUUUAUGCGUCAGUAUACCAGUACAUACAUCCACUGCACGUGUUUACUUGUAGUUACUGUACGAAACGUGUUGUUCUUCUACUUAAGUUUAGUCACAUCUUUUUAGAAAUCAGUGGGAGAUAUGGCUUCAAAACUAAUAGUUCAGUACCUUAGACGAAAACAGAAAUCUCUGGUAUUUAUUGGGAAUAAGAAAUAACGAUUGUAUUAUAAGGAAAUGAAUGUUUAUAGAAGAAGAAAUAUAGACAUGUACAUGUAUGUAGUUUUUUGUGUUGUAUACCGUUGUUUUGUUUUAUUGUAAAUCAUUUAACCUUGUAAUAAAAUAAAUAUUGUCAAAAGAAUGGGCUGUUUUUUAGCAAUCUCCGCAGAAGUGUUGAACAGUUUCACUAUUAGCUAUGUGUUUGAAAUGACCAAAAGAGUUUCUUAUGUCAAUAGCUAUAGUAAAAUCUCCGAUGUUUACCACCCAACAUUUCAUCUGAGCACUGACAUUCAGAUUCCUUUCCCUCACAAAGUCUAUAUAAUUUUCUAGAGCUAUUUACAAUAGGAACUCUAUUGGCCAUUUCCGCAUAAGUGAUUGUUCGUUGUCUAUUUAAUAGAAAUAAUAAUAUGUAUUAAGGAAUGCCAAUGACCACAUAAUAUAUCAAGAUGUUAGAUUAGCUACUGGGUAUAGGCCUCGAUACUGUGCAAUAAUGAAAUGGCGUCUAAGUGGUAUGCGCGUCUGCGAUCAGUGUAACUACAUACCAUGGGGUGAAAAAGUUCAGGGCAUCUUUCAAGGAUUAACUUGGGCACAGUGUGAAUGCCACGAUUAUACUCUCAUAAUUAGCAGUAUGCAAAUAAGCAAUAUUUUGAGCUUUUAACAUACAUGCAUGUAAAUCAUUUAUCUAUCAGUACAUGUAGUCGAUUAU